ACGUGUCAGGCGACCUCUGCUACCUGGGGGAGGAGAACUGCCAAGUCCGAUUUGCCAAAUCUGCUCUCAGGAGAAAGUGUGCAGUGUGUAAAAUCGUGGUCCACGCCGCCUGCAUCGAGCAGCUAGAAAAGAUUAAUUUCAGAUGUAAACCAACAUUUCGGGAAGGGGGCUCGAGAUCACCAAGAGAAAAUUUUGUGCGUCAUCACUGGGUGCACAGGCGCCGGCAGGAGGGGAAAUGUAAGCAGUGUGGUAAGGGCUUCCAGCAAAAGUUCUCCUUCCACAGUAAAGAGAUCGUGGCUAUCAGCUGUUCCUGGUGCAAGCAGGCGUUUCACAAUAAGGUGACCUGCUUCAUGCUGCAUCACAUUGAGGAACCCUGCUCCCUGGGGGCCCACGCUGCCGUAAUUGUCCCGCCCACGUGGAUCAUUAAGGUGAAGAAACCUCAGAACUCCCUGAAGGCUUCCAACCGGAAGAAGAAGAGAACAAGUUUUAAAAGAAAGGCCAGUAAAAGAGGAGCCGAACAGGAAAACAAAGGCCGCCCUUUUGUGAUCAAGCCCAUCUCGUCACCUCUCAUGAAGCCAUUGCUUGUAUUUGUGAAUCCCAAGAGUGGAGGCAACCAGGGAACCAAAGUCCUGCAGAUGUUUAUGUGGUACUUGAACCCACGGCAAGUCUUCGAUCUUUCUCAGGAGGGGCCAAAGGAUGCAUACUUUAUACCAGCAACAGGAAAGCUAACCUAUAUCCCAGGCUCCAUCCUAGUGGGCUCAUUUGCCCUGGACCCUUUGCCUCUGCAUUAUAAGGCCUUGGAGGACCUUGGCUAUGGUAUGGUCGGCUGGAUUCUUUCCAUCCUGGAUGAACUGCAGCUGAGCCCCCAGCCCCCUGUGGGGGUCCUUCCUCUGGGAACAGGGAAUGACCUGGCUCGGACUCUCAACUGGGGAGGGGGCUACACUGAUGAACCUGUUUCUAAGAUCCUCUGCCAAGUAGAAGAUGGGACAAUUGUACAACUGGAUCGCUGGAACCUUCAUGUGGAAAGAAACCCAGACUUGCCUCCGGAAGAGCUGGAAGAUGGUGUAUGUAAGCUGCCUCUGAACGUUUUCAAUAACUACUUCAGCCUUGGAUUCGAUGCUCACGUCACACUGGAGUUCCAUGAAUCCAGAGAAGCAAAUCCAGAGAAAUUCAACAGUCGUUUUCGAAAUAAAAUGUUCUAUGCUGGGGCAGCUUUUUCCGAUUUCCUGCAGAGAAGUUCUAGAGAUCUAUCCAAACAUGUUAAAGUUGUUUGUGAUGGAACAGAUCUCACCCCUAAGAUUCAGGAACUGAAGUUCCAGUGUAUAGUAUUUUUAAAUAUCCCCAGAAUAGACAUGGCUGCCCUGCAAGUCGGGGGCCACGGAGAACGGCUCCACCAGUGUCGGGAGGUCAUGCUUCUGACCUACAAAUCCAUCCCCAUGCAAGUGGACGGAGAGCCAUGUAGGUUGGCCCCGGCAAUGAUUCGGAUCUCCUUGAGAAAUCAGGCCAACAUGGUACAGAAGAGCAAGAGGAGAACGUCCAUGCCUUUACUCAAUGAUCCCCAGUCUGUCCCAGAUCGCCUGAGGAUCCGGGUGAACAAAAUCAGUUUACAAGACUAUGAAGGAUUUCACUACGACAAAGAGAAACUCCGGGAAGCUUCUAUUCCUCUGGGUAUUCUAGUUGUCCGUGGAGACUGUGACUUGGAGACUUGCCGUAUGUACAUAGACCGCCUGCAGGAGGACUUGCAGUCAGUUUCUUCGGGUUCCCAGAGAGUCCAUUACCAGGACCACGAAACCUCCUUCCCCAGGGCGCUCUCAGCUCAGAGGCUGUCCCCCCGCUGGUGCUUCCUAGAUGCGACUUCUGCAGACCGCUUUUAUCGAAUAGACAGAUCUCAGGAACAUUUGCACUUUGUGAUGGAGAUUUCCCAAGAUGAGAUUUUUAUCCUCGACCCCGAUAUGGUGGUGUCUCAGCAGGCAGGGACACCUCCAGGCAUGCCUGACCUGGUGGUGGAGCAGGCUUCAGGGCUGUCAGACUGGUGGACUCCGGCCCUGAGGAAGCGCAUGCUGAGUGACAGUGGCCUGGGAAUGAUAACUCCCCACUAUGAUGACGCAGAUAUGAAAGACCUCAGCCACUCCCGUGUGCUGCAGUCACCAGUCUCUUCAGAAGAUCACGCCAUUUUGCAGGCAGUAAUAGCUGGUGAUCUUAUGAAGCUAAUAGAAAGCUAUAAAAAUGGAGGCAGUCUGCUAAUUCAGGGACCAGACCACUGUUCACUCCUUCACUACGCAGCUAAAACGGGCAACGGGGAGAUUGUAAAAUACAUCCUGGACCACGGACCAUCUGAGUUAUUGGAUAUGGCGGACAGUGAAACGGGUGAGACGGCACUGCACAAGGCUGCCUGCCAGCGGAACCGGGCCGUGUGCCAGCUUCUGGUGGAUGCGGGAGCGUCUCUGAGAAAGACGGACACCAAGGGUAAAACACCACAAGACAGAGCACAGCAGGCCGGGGAUCCAGACUUGGCUGCUUACCUAGAAAGCCGCCAGAACUAUAAGGUCAUUGGUCAUGAGGACCUGGAAACUGCUGUGUGACCCUGGUAGAUGGACAGAGCGACGGUGAGCGAACGUGUCACCUGUGCCCUCCCAGCAACCGGGCAGCUCCUGAGGACAAAGCUGAUGGAAUGCGUACGUCUCUGUCUCUCCUGCAAGAACCUCUGAGACCGUGCCACCAGUUUUUAAGGGCUACCAAGAUGUCCGGCAGAACAUGAUAGCCCAUUGAGAAGGAGCCAGGCUACCUGGAGAUUUGUGGAGUACAAGUUCCACAAAAUUUGAUCCAAUUGCUUCCAGCAAGUAGCAUGAACUUCUGUGUUCACCUGUAUAAUUUAUUUUAAUGAU